GCGCGGAGAGGCGGCCGGGCGCGCAGGCGGGCAGACAGGCGGAGUCGCGGAGAGGCCGACGGAGGAGACGCGCGCGCCAAAAUUUGGUGAUUGAAAUGAGCUUGCAGACACCCUAGGGACUAGCAACAUGGCAUCUCCGGAAAUACCUCCUGCCAAUGAAGAGGAGCUUUCCACUGACAUUGACGAUCUCCAUUAUUCCCUGCAAGCGGAGCAGGAGAAUACGCAAAAGAAAACGUUCACUAGCUGGGUCAAUUCACAGCUAGAAAAGCAUUCUCCUUCUUCUGCUAUCUCGGAUCUGUAUGCAGAUGUGGGGAAAGGACAUGUGCUUUUGGAUCUGCUGGAAGUUCUUUCCGGACAACAGCUGCCACGGGAAAAAGGAUGCAACCCUUUCCAGUGCAGAAGCAAUAUUGAAAAUGCCCUGAUCUUCCUAAAGAAUAGAUCGAUCAAACUCAUCAACAUUCACGUUGCCGAUAUCAUCGAAGGCAAUCCAUCCAUUGUGCUGGGCCUAAUUUGGACAGUCAUACUGCAUUUCCAUAUUGAAGAACUAGCUUCAACUCUUGGUUGUGGAUACAGUCGUUCAACUCUGGACAGUGCAAGCGCUGUUGGAUCGUCACCCACAGCAAGCCCACCAGCUAAAAGAAGCGGUAAAGUGAAGGAGCGAUGGAAGAUGUCUGCAAAGAAAGCUCUCUUGCUGUGGGCCAAGGAGCAGUGUGCCAUGCAUGGAUCGAUCAGCAUUGCCGACUUCAAAUCCAGCUGGCGGAACGGAUUGGCUUUCUUAGCUAUCGUUCAUGCCAUGCGGCCAGACUUGGUGGACAUGGAGAAAGCAAAGGGUAGAUCCAACAAAGAGAAUCUGAAAGACGCUUUCCAAAUUGCAGAGAAGGAACUGAAUAUUCCCAGACUGCUUGAACCUGAAGAUGUCGACGUCAUCAGUCCGGAUGAAAAAUCCAUCAUGACGUACGUGGCUCAGUUUCUCCAGCAUUUCAAGAGUUUACCUGUGGCUGAAGAGGAAAUGCAGGGGAAAGUCAAAGAGACCUUGAGCUGGCUGAACAUGCAAGAAGAGAAGUUGGCGGAGUUGCUGACGGAGACGAAAUCUGCACCCUUUUACGAGAAAUUCCAAGAGAUGCUGUCAUUUACGGAAACAUUUCAUGAGGAGAAAAAGGCCUUCCUGCCUGUCCUGGCAUCCAAAAGAAAAGAGGAAGAGCUGAGUGAAGAUUCCCUGAGGAUGCAAGAAGCAUGGGACAGACUCACUUCUCAGAUGAAUGAAUGGAAAGCACAGCUGGACCAGUCACUGCCUCAACCUCUGGACUCCAUUGAAUCCUGGCUCCAAGAGAUAGAACAGCAGCUGGCGGGAGACCUCCCGGAAUCUCAAGACCACUGCAAAGCAAUAGCUGCCCUCGAGGACAAAAUGAGAUCCCUCCAGAGCUUGAUGGGAUGUUUCAAAGAACGCUCGGAGACCCUGCAGUCCUUCCCGAAUAGAGACGAGAUGGGCACGCUGUUGGUCCCGCCUCAAAAGCUGGAGGAAAUGAAGAGGAGAUUCAGCAACAUCCAGCUUACAGACGUCAACGUCCUGCUGGAAUACCACCACAUGUUGUGUGCAGCUAUCCUAGAGGAAUUGACGUCAAAGCUGAACAUCUGGCACAUCAAAUAUGGGACCAAGGAGAGCGUUGAGUCUCUGCUGUCGGACUGGAAUGGUUUCAUUGAAGAAAAAGGAUUCCUCACUCAGCUAGAAACAGCCUUUCGCGUAUGUGAAGAGAAGAAGAACCAAAUCAUAAACACUUCUAAUUUUGCCAAGCUAUUUAAGAUGGUAGAGUUGAAGAUUUCCACGUGCAAAGAGUACAUUUAUAAUGUGAAUGCAACUUUGCAAAAGAUUUUGUCCUCCUGGGCCAUCUAUAUGGAGAACAUCUGCUUGCUAAAAGCUUGGCUGGAAGAGACACGGAAAGCACAUCCUAAAAAGAUUCCUACAGAAACCCUGGCGGCCUGGAACUCACGGCACGGAUCUUUAAAUGAAGCUGGAAACUUUUUGAUUGAAGCCAGUAAUGAGGAGGUGGGGUCAGCUCUUUCCGGUGAACUUAAAAAGUUGAAUGGAAAAUGGGCAAAGCUUAUCAAGAAGACACAGUUUGAAAUGCGAUUGCUGAGAAAGCAAGAAGAACAAAUGAAAUUGGAAGCUGGCAGUAAUAGAGGUGUGGAUUCUCCUGCCCAAGCAGCACCGGGGCAACUUGUUCAGCCAGUGGGUGCCUCAGAGGAGUCACUGAAGAUGACCUUGGAGAAUGCUGAGGUGAAGAAUUUGCCUUACCUUAAGCAUUUAUCAACAUUUGGUCUGUUGGAAAUGUUUAGAGCUUAG